GGAGCCUGGCGGCGGCGGCGGCGGCGGCAGGGGCGCUCCUCCGCGGCGGCCAUGAAGUCGCUGUGCCUCGUCACCGUGGGGGUCCUGGCCAUGACGCUGCUCAUCGCCAGCAUCUCCUUGCUGGUGGCGCACGUCUUCCAGACGGUGGUGGACCUGCAGGUGAAGCAGGGAACAGUAUUAAGGAAUGGCACAGAAACCUUUGAAGCCUGGGAAGAUCCUUCUCCACCAGUGUAUAUGCAGUUCUACUUUUUUAAUGUGACAAAUCCUUUAGAAGUGCUUCAAGGAGCUUCUCCUCAUGUGGAGGAAGUAGGGCCAUACACCUACCGAGAAUACAGGCCUAGAGUGCACGUUCAGUUUUUGGACAACGGUACAAAAGUAUCCGCUCUGAAUCCAAAGACCUAUGUGUUUGAACCUCAGAAGUCUGUGGGAGACCCUGAAGUAGACCUGAUUAGAACUGUUAAUAUUCCUGCACUGACAGCGAUGGAGUUGACCAGAUCAACCCCUCUUCAGUUUGCUACAGAAGUGCUACUACUUCUCUACCAAGAAUCCCUGUUUACAAUACGUACCGUUCAUGAGUUACUGUGGGGCUACAAAGACAGACUUCUGUCAGCCAUUCAUCUUUUGCAUCCUGAGACUGAUCCAGAGUUUGGUUUCUUUAAUAAGAUGAAUGGAACUGAUGAUGGAGAAUAUGUUUUCCUAAGUGGGGAAAGGAACUACCUUAACUUCUCAAGAAUUGUGGAAUGGAAAGGAAAAGAGUCGUUGAACUGGUGGACAACAAAGACGUGUAACAUGAUCAACGGAACAGAUGGGACAUCCUUCCACCCACUGAUAAGCAAAGAUGAAAACAUUUAUAUCUUUUCUUCUGAUUUCUGCAGAUCUUUGUAUUUGGUGUACGAGAGCUCAGGAAGUGUUGCAGGCAUCCCAACCUACCGCUUUGUACCCUCUCCUAAGGUGUUUGCCAACACUACCAUUAACCCGGACAACGCUGGAUUCUGUGUGCCACCAGGAAACUGUCCUGGCACCGGUGUCCUCAAUGUCAGCAUUUGCAAGCAAGGUGCUCCCAUAUUUCUGUCAGCUCCACAUUUUUACCAAGCAGAUGAAAAAUUUAUUAAGGACAUACAAGGCAUGCACCCAAGAAAGGAAUAUCAUGAGACAUUUGUAGACAUCAAUCCUCUGACAGGGCUGGUCCUGCAAGCAGCCAAGCGUAUGCAGAUCAAUGUUCAUGUAAGAAAAUUACGUGAAUUUGUUGAAACAGGCAACAUCCGAACACUGGUAUUCCCAGUGAUGUAUGUAAAUGAGAGUGUUCUAAUCGAUGAAAUGUCUGCUAACAAACUCAAGCAAGUCCUGCUGGAAGCCAAUGUUGUAACUGGAAUCCCCUUCGUAAUUAUGGCUCUAGGAAUUGUUUUUGGGAUUGUUUUUACUGUCCUUGUGUGUAGGUCUCGUGGAAUAAGUGAAGAGGGAAGGGAAGUUUUAAUAGACUCAGAGUAAGUGCACCAAACAAAGGAUUGCAGCUAAUACAAGAAACAUGAGCACUGAAGAUGAAAGGGCUCCGCUCGUCAGGGCAUCCUAGUAGAUUUUCCUUAACAUGUGAGCUUGGAGAAUAAACUAUUAGAGCUGAUGUAAUACCAACUACCACUACCCAGUGUUGUCCACUGUGGAGAAACGAUCGUGUCAAGUAUAAUUUUUUGUGGUAUAGAGAUGGAAGAGAAUCGGCAACGUCGUCAAAGGAGGAGACUUUUCUUACCAGCUAAGUUAUAACUUAAAAACUACAUUUUAAAACUGCUUGAGAUCCUGCUUUUUUCAACUCCACACUCUGUUUGUACCUGCACUGACAGUCAUAGAUGAUCAUAACCACUAUAUCAGUGAAAAUAAAAUGCCCUAAUUCAUUAUAAGAAUGAUGCGGGUAAAUUUGCAGAUGGCCUUAGAAAUGUGGGCUGCAGAGUACCCUUUUAACAGGGUACUUUAGGCUGCAGUUCAACAGGUUCCUGUAUUACCCAGGAAUACUUAAAAAUGUUGCUGUAGGCCUAGUAUUGUCUUUUCUGUAGAGUGCUACAGGCUUCUUCCUACCAGUAUGUACUGACUGUUAGUAUCAUCAGUCAUUUCACAAGACUGAUUUGUAAAACUAACCCAAAACAUUCACUGAAACUUAGUUACAUACGCAUAGAUAUCAGAUAAAAGGAAGCAAAUGAUCUGAAAUGCUUUUCCUUACAGACCUCUUACCUUUUCUAACUGUGCACAGGAUCCCACUGCAUGUUAGUGAUACAUUUAUCCUUAAGUUUUUUAUUCAACUUAUAAAACAAAACAAAAGAUAGCAUUGGUCUUGAUGGUGGAGGGUACAAAAUGGUAUUCAUUUUUCUCUGAUAAUUGUGUCACAAUUAUCAACUGUGUGAUUUAAUGUGAAUGAAGACUUGGCCGUUACGUUUAUUGUUUAGUAUACAAGCAGACCUCAAUAUUAAGGUGUGUAUAGGGCCUUGAAAAGCCAAAACAUUUUUCUACUUGUCAAGUGGAAACCCUUUUAAAAACAAAAGUAUUUUUCCCCAGUGAAAAGAGUAUUUUCAUUGAGAAGUAUUUCCAUUAACUGAAGAUAGCGAAUCAAAACUUAAAAUGUAUUAUUUUCUUCAAAAUAGAGGCAUUCUUUUUGCAUUGUUUUGGUUUUUCUCCUUGCCUAGCUGGUAACUGGCUCAGCAGUUUUGUUCAUAUGGAGCCAGUUCCAUCCUGGAAGUUUCAUGAUGAUUAUGGUUAUUUAUUACCUGUGUUGUCUAAAAGUACUUGCUGCAGCCCAGGGCCCUCACAGUACUGCAGUUCCAGCUUUGCCUGUUCCACACAACAAGCAGAUUUGCCUCAAGCUGUGCUUUCAGCAGAAGGCCGGAGAGUAACAAAUUAGUAUCCUAAGCCAGAGCCUGAGCUUGCUGCUUGGCUGAGAAUCAGAAUUACACUAAGACAUUGCCUGCCCAUUGCCUUGUGAACUGCAAGCAUACACCCGAGGAACGAGCAACUCAUUCCAGCUUUCUACACACAUUCAUCUCAGCAGAGCUGUUCAGGAGCAGCCCCUCUAUUUGACAGCGUGGGCUGAAACUGUUCUCUCUUCUCCAUGCCCCCCAGAUGUUCCCUUUUGGCUGUCUGGGCUGGAAAAAAAAAAUACUUUGUGAAAACACUUUGUGAACUUUCUUUGCUCUACCUUAAUUCCGACUGCUUCUCUUCUUGCCAUGUCCCACAUGCCAGAUAAAUAGUUAGUGUUAGUCACCUCAGUGUUUUUGUGCUAUUCAUUUCCUUCCUUGGCUGAUUUCUGAGAGAAUCUGUCUUGUAGGGAAAGUCCAGUGGUUUUUCUUUCCUAGCUGCCUGCCAAGUCAUUCCCUUGGGAGAACUUGCCCUCUAAUUACUGGUUUUCCCAGUGUUAGUCUGAAUAAAUAAGCAGCAAGAUUCCUAUAAGGAAUAAGAUUAUUCUAAUCAAAUGAUAGUGUUUCAGAGUGUAAAAUCCGCUCUUCAGCAGAGAAUUAGCAGGCAGCCUCUGCACCACAGAUGCUUUGGCCAAAGUGGCUUCAGCCAACUCCAAGGCAGAUGAGGUGACUUCAGGGCUGGAGCUGCUCUCGAGCACUAGGGAGCGGAGGCAGCCAGAGCCUGACCCAGGACUUCAGAGGUGCCAACACCAUUCCUUGGGCUUGUUGCUCAGCCACUGUAAACCUCUGUGGCUGCCUUGCAGUCAGGGAACUGUUCUUCCUUACGUACACAAGGGGCUUUGCCCGCCAGUGUUACUCUCUUCUUGGAGACACAAGAUGAACUUUUUAGCUCUCUGAAUCACUUCUGCUAGCUGUGUUUGUACACACAAACACACCUUCCCUAACAUGAUCCAGCACAUUAUGCUGUGCUUUUAUUUUCCAUACUGAAUUGCUGCAAUACCUUCUUUCUGUGACCUGUUUCUGAGAAUUUUUUUCCCUUGGGAAUCACUUAUUUCUUAAAUCUCCAUUAAACCAAAAAGGAGAUUUUACUCUCCCUAACACACAAGGAAGAUCUGGUUAGGUUCCUUUUCUUCAUUACUCUUUUCCUGCCCUACCAUUAGAUGCUCAAUUUGUUCUUGUACAGUUGGUCUGUUUUGCUGCAUAUUCUUAGUUUCAGUGCAAGGGUGGAAAUUCACACAGUGCUGUGGAAAGUGACUUUCAACUGAUUUUGGGGCUGCUUUCUUCUCUGUUGGUGGUGAGGACCUGAAGGCAAAGUGCCAGCAAAAGUUGCCGUUGGUCCUUUGGUUUAGACACAGUUGUUCCGGUGCUCUGGACAUCUGACUCUUCUGCAACAGGUAAUGAAGCAGACAGACUUUCAGAAGACCGUGGCUUGACGUAGCCCUGCACCCACAGAAGUCACCUGGGUUCCCUGUAGGCUCUGUGAGAUCCUCUGAAACCUCCCUAUAAAUGCAUGCAAAUUGACAGACAAACACUUAGCCACUUGGAGGAAGGUAUAAAAAUGUCUUUGUAAAAUGACUACAGAAUUUUAGAAAGAAACAAGCCUAAAAGAUGCCUGCUGGUUUGGCUGGUAUUUAAUUUCUUUUUGAUUUAUUAAACCAAUGUAUUUCCAUGUGA